AAGCGGGUGAAAAGUUAUUUUUAGCAAGGAUUUGCAUUUCUCAUUUACCUUAUCUGUGAUGUUUAGAACGCUGCACGAAGACAGAAGUUGAUGGUGCAAAAAUAAUCUUUUCCUCCCCAUUUACUGAUCCAAUUGGCAAAGCCACUAUUCCAAAUAAAACUGAGGCACUUAGAUCAUAAAAUUUAAACUCUGGAAAGCACCUCUGGAGCUUACCAUCCUGGUUUUAUGAAGGACUCGAAAGCAUUUUUAUUACAAAAAUAAUACAAUCAUUGCAAAAAAUGUAGAAUAGAGAAAAAAUGAAAAACAUCCCUAUUUUACUAAUUCUACAAUUACGGGAUUGUUAACCAUUAACAUUUUGUUGUAUAUCUAUUUCUUCCUCUCUUUUCCAGACCCCCUUUUCCUCCUGAAUUUGUAUGUUGUAUAUAUACAUAACACAUGAGCUAGCCUUUUGCAAAUGGCACUUACUAUUUGAUAAUCUAUUUUUAAAAAUUUAAAACAUACGAUGAACAUAUUUUCAUGUCAUCACGUUUCCCACAAUGGUUUUUUACAAACAUCAAAGGAAGUUCCUCUUGUUAGCCAGAAUUUAAGUUUACAUUAAAGGAAGGGGACCAAAAAAAAAAAAACCCACGUUAAAUGAAAAGUUAAUCGACAGCACCACUAUCUACACCUCCUUCUUCUCAACCACAUCAAGUACAGGAAGAGGAACAGACAAGGGUUCUGCGGCGGUGAAGCCAUUCCCAUUUCCACGCUCCUUUUGCAGCUCAGCACGGGAGGGAGGACAUACACAGGAUCCAAGCCUGGAUCCAAGCCCGCCAGUGAGUUACACAAGCUACUGUGCUGUGGACUGCAAAUAAGAAGAAGCAUUUGGAAUUCAGAUUAAGUGAUUGCCUUAGAUCACUUAUGAUGAUCAGCUGAUGACGCAGAAUCAGGAUUGAAUCUGAAGCCAGGGUUUGGUGCACUGUGGAGCUUUUAGUGGGAUUAUCUGGUCAUGUGGCCACAUGAAAGGGCCACACUGCACAACACGUGGGAUCUUAGUUCCCCAACCAGGGCUCUAACCUGCGUGCCUUGCGUUGGAAGCAUGGAGUCUUAACCACUGGACCACCAGGGAAGUCUUGUUGCAAUAAUCUUGAAUAAAGUCUCCCUUACAGUUGUAACAAAUGUCAGAAUAACAUUUCUUUAACACUCCCAACCGUGACCCUUGGUUGAAUCCACUCCCCUUGAGAAAGUACAGAAAGAAUGUGGAUGGGGGACAGUAGAAUGGGGGAGGCUUGUGCGAUCUGGGGCACCUUGGAUGGACUGAAAGGCUCCAGAGUCCUUAAGAAGUGGUGGAGAUCAUGAGUGUCUUCCAGUUAUUAUUCUGUGACUUGGUAGAAAGGACACCAGACUCGGAACCUAGUAAAUGUAAGAAAGUCUUAUUAAUAAUGCUAUUAAGCCUUAUCUUUUUAGAUUCCAAGGAAAACUGAUAAUUUGUUAAGACUAACACAUUUCUCCUAUACCGUGUACCUCAUAUAUUUUUGCCUUUUUAGUGGAGUCGGAGUCAGAAAAAUUAGGUGUUAGAUUCAAAACAGAAGCCACAAACUUUCCAUCGUGAUCUACUCUCACCAGAGAAGGGCUUGUCAAGUGUGUGAAGUGUGUGAUCUUGGAGUUGACUUGGGGUUUCUUUGAUAGUCUUUAUUUUUAUUCUAGAGCUAACACAAUCUCAGGUUUAUAAUCUGGCCUCUUCUGUCAGUGUAAGUUCUAUCCAGCCCUGUGGGACUUCCCUAUUUACUCAAAAAACAAUCCUUAAAACCAAGUGUUAAGCAAUACAGAACCCUUGUCACAGACUUUUCCAGCCUGAGGAGCAGAUUUCUGACUUUGUAGGUCAAGAGGCUUGGCCUUUAUCACUCAAAAGGAAUGCAAGAGGCAUCAAAGACCCACCUGAUAUACUGUCAAGAGUUGCAAGGGUGCUUAGGAAUCAUAUUAGCAUUUUUGAGGACAUGAGUCUGCCUCAGACUCCUUAUAAAUAUAGCUUGACUCAACCACUGUAUGACUGGCAUCCUUGGAACAUGAAGUGGAUACUGUUCUUUGGGGCCCUUAUCAGGUCUGGCAUCUGUGACCGAGAAACAUUUUCUGGGCACCAAGUUUUCAGAAUUAACGUCAGAAAUGAAGAUGAGAUCAGCAAACUCAAUCGGCUAGUGAAUUCAGACAACCUUAAGCUCGACUUGUGGAAAUCUCCCUCUACCCUUGGUCAUCCUGCAGAUGUCCUGGUCCCUUCUUUCAGUCUGCGGGAAGUCAAAUCCUUCCUGGAGGACCAUGGCUUAGAGUACUCAGUGGCUAUUGAAGACCUGCAGACCAUUUUAGAUAGUGAACACCAACAGCUACAACGCAAUGUACGUCAAGAACUGAGCAAUAAUUGCUUUAACUAUGGGGCCUAUCACACCCUGGAAGAUAUUCACAAAGAGAUGGACAGCAUUGUCAAAUCUUAUCCUCACUUGGUAAGCGCAGUGAAGAUUGGGCAUUCAUUUGAGAACCGGUUGAUGUAUGUCCUGAAGUUCAGCACUGGAAAAGGCAGGCAGCGCCCAGCCAUUUGGCUGAAUGCAGGCAUCCAUGCCCGGGAGUGGAUCUCAUCAGCCACAGCAAUCUGGACUGCGAGAAAGAUUGCAUGUGAUUAUGGGAGAGAUCUAGUCAUCACCUCCAUCUUGAAGAAAAUGGAUAUAUUCUUGUUGCCGGUAGCCAAUCCUGAUGGAUAUGUGUACACUCAUACUCACAACCGAUUAUGGAGGAAGACACGGUCUGUAAAUCCUAGAAGCACCUGCAUUGGUGCUGAUCCGAAUAGAAAUUGGAAUUCUCAUUUUGGAGGAGUGGGAACCAGUAACGACCCUUGCUCUGAUAUAUAUCAUGGACUCCAUGCCCAUUCAGAAGUGGAGGUGAAAUCGGUGGCAGAUUUCAUUACAAAUCAUGGGGACUUCAAAUGCCUCAUCAACCUGCACAGCUACUCGCAGCUGGUGAUGUAUCCAUAUGGCUACACGACUAGCAGAGCCCGGGAUGCUGAUGAACUGGAUAUGGUGGCACGGAAUGCAUCCAAAGCUAUGGCUUCCUUGUCGGGCACUCAGUACCGAGUGGGUUCUAUCAGCUCCAUUAUCUAUACAGCUAGUGGGAACGCUAUUGACUGGGCAUAUGAUAAUGGCAUCAAGUAUGCAUUCUCUUUUGAGUUGAGAGAUACUGGUUUCUAUGCCUUCAUUCUGCCAGCCGACCAGAUCAUCCCCACUGCACAGGAGACCUGGCUGGGGCUCAAGACCAUCAUGGAGCAUGUGUGGAACAACAUCUAGAGGAGAGCCUUGCUCUGUCUACAUUUUAUAUUCCCUUGUCCACACACACACAGAGGCCAUUAUUAAAGAGAGCUUGUUCCUUCA